AAUACAAAAAUUUCAAUCAUUUUUCCGUACUGCUGCCUUGUGAACAGACGUCUUAGAAAAUAACCCGAGAGAGAGAAAAAAAAGAACAGUAAAAUGUACUCCUUGAAAUCAUUGUUGAUCUUUGCCAUUAUGGGUAUUGCGUUCGCCGAAGUGGCCCAAAUCAGAGAAUGUGAUGUAAACGAUUGCGAAUUGCUGGAGGUACGUGUUGAUCCCUGUGCCCGUGAUAAUGCAAAUGCCCCCUGCACCUUGAGACGCCGUAAGCCAGCCACAAUGGAAUUGGAUUUCAAACCCAAUUUUGAUGCCGAUACCUUGAGUGCUUCGUUGAAUUGGGUCACUAACACCGGCAAUGAAUUGCCUUUGAUCACCAUGGACAGAGAAGCUUGCAAAUACACCGCAUGCCCAGUCAAGAGCGGUGAACAACAAACCUACAAAGUUGAGAUUCCCAUGGACAGCAAAUUCCCCUUGAACACCUACAACAUUAAAUGGGCUUUGACAGCUCCCAGUGGCAAGAAGUGCUGUUUCACCCACAACAUCAAGUUGGUUCGUUAGGACGAUUUUGGUAUAUAUUUUGGAGUGUUAUUUCUUAAGAUGUAUAAAAAAUAUAACAUGUAAUCAAAGCAGAUCAACAAAAAUAUAAAAGUUUUUUUUUUUUUCAAAAAAUAAA